UUAUGAUUACAGAGGUUGAAGAGCAAGCGGAUCAGCGAUUUGUUGAAUUCGUGGGUUUUAUUUUUAGCUGUUUGACGUCAAAAGCAACUUUCAUUGAAGGUUGCUUCCCUUGAUCAUGAAGGACAAGAAGCAUAUGGCAGAGAGGUUCUUGAAUCAUGCCCUGGGGAUCAUCUACUUGCUUACUGGAGAGGAAUAUAUCAUUGUGAAGAAGAAUUCCCCACACUGCAGUAUUAGCCAUCUGUCCGGAGAGAUACCUGUAACCUGUGGCGAUGUUUCCGUCUAUUUCUCCGUGGAGGAGUGGAAUUACCUAGAAGAACACAAGGACAUUUACAAGGACUUGGUGACAGAGAUGUGUCCACCAUCUACCAUUUCUACAGAAAUCCCAGAAAAACUGAGCUCAGACUUUGUUAAUGAAAAAAUAGCAACUAUCACAAUUAGAGAAGACUGUGAAGAUGGGACCCAUGAAAGGGACGUAGAGACCGACACCCAUGCAAUAUUGCACUUAUCAGGCUCCUUUAAUGAAAAUGUAAGCAUGAAGUCAAUUGGUGACAUCAGAGAAGGCGAAUCAGUUGAAAGGGACGUUCGAGACGUGGUAGAGAGGGCUGACAUUGACAGAGAUGGACUAUAUAUAGCAGAGGAAUAUGCUACCGACCUACUCCCUGUGUUCCAGGAAGACUAUGUGGAGAUGUCGGCUAGCCAGUCAGCUUUGGAUAAUAUCGGAAUUCUUCCGUCUGAGUUUGGAUCUUAUGAAUGGGCACAAACAGUGUCCGCUUUAGGCAAAAACGUGAUUCUUGGCGACAUUGUCCAAAAAAAACCAAAGGGAAAGUUGACUCCUGGCAACAAAAGUGUCGCAAAGAAAACUAAGGACAACCUGACUCAUAGAAGCACCAGUGUCCCAAAGAAAACAAAAGAAAAGUUGACUCCGGGCAGCAACAACUUUACAAAAAGUACAAAAGAAAAACCUGCCAAGCAAUUACCGGGAACAACAGUUAACGCCGGACACCAUACACUGCUUGCCAGGGACCCUAAUGCGUGCCCUGAUUGCGGAAAAUACUUUCAUAAUAAAUCCAAUCUCCGCAGACAUCAGAAAAUCCACUACAGGAAGGUCCAUAAAUAUUAUGAAAGUGGAGGACAGUUUCAUAAUAAACAACCCUUACACCGCCGGAAGGCGCAGGCCGCUGGGAACCUUCAUCGGUGCAACGACUGCGGGAAACAGUUUAACUCCAAAAGUCAUCUUACGUCGCACCAAAGGGUUCACACAGGGGAGAAACCCCAUACCUGCAAUGAAUGCGGGAAAUGCUUUGGUAGUAAAGCUUAUUUUAUUGUUCACCAGAGGAUUCACUCUGGGGAGAAGCCAUACAUUUGCUCACACUGUGAAAAGCGCUUUGCGGACAGGUCAAAUCUGCGCAAACACCAGCGAACACAUAGGUAGGACUGACUGAAUUCCUGCUUUAAACGCGGGAAGCACUUGUAAUUCCAAAUAGUUUUACCGUGCAACGGGGACAUCAUAUAGGAUGCCUCUGGGGUGUGACAUGUAUUAUCAUACAGGAUGCUUGUAAUGUGAACACGUAUGAAACAUUAGUGGACCUCACAUCUGCAGCUCCGAGGGAUGUAGAAUAACAUGA